UUGGCCGCGGCGCGGUACCUGCGCGUUCGGGCGCAAAGUCCACGGCGGCCCAGGUGGCCGGGCGCAGGCGGCCCACGCCCUCGGCCAGGCAGGAUGCCCCUGGGGCGGCUCGGAAGGAAGAAGGCCAAGGGCAGGGAGGGGGCCCGGCUGGUGGGGGCCGAGCAGACCCCCGCGCCCGCGCCCCCUGUUCCCCCCGCGUCCGCACCCGUCUUCCACGCGCAGCUGGCGCACGGGAGCCCCACGGGCCGCUUGCAGGGCUUCGCCAGCGUGGCCGAGCUGUACGCGCAGAUCGCGGCCGCCUUCGACCUCCCGCCCUCCGAGAUCUUGUUCUGCACUUUAAACACACCUAAAGUUGACAUGCAGAGACUCCUCGGAGGACAACUAGGUCUUGAAGAUUUCAUAUUUGCCCACGUGAAAGGACUAAAAAAAGAAGUGAAUGUGUAUAAAUCUGAGGAUUCACUAGGACUCACCAUCACAGACAAUGGUGUUGGCUCUGCUUUUAUCAAGAGAAUUAAAAGUGGUAGCAUUAUUGACUCAGUUAAGACAGUCUGUGUGGGAGAUCAUAUUGAAUCCAUAAAUGGAGAAAAUAUAGUUGGACGUCGUCACUAUGAAGUUGCUAAGAAGUUAAAGGAAUUAAAGAAAGGGGAACUCUUUACCUUGAAGUUAGUAGAACCUAAGAAGGCAUUUGAAAUAGGACCAAGGUCAAAAUCUGGAAAGACAUCGGUGGAAAAUAUUGGCACUGCCAGAGGGACGCUGCGUCUGAGAUCAAACGGUCCUGCCACUGUGGAAGAACUGCCUUCUGAAGCCAAAGCAAAGGCGAUUGAAAAGAUUGACAAUCUUCUUGAAUUGUACAUGGGAAUUCGAGAUAUUGAUCUAGCUACCACCAUGUUUGAAGCUGGCAAGGACAAAGGAAAUCCAGAUGAAUUUGCUGUCACCCUCGAUGAGACUCUGGGAGACUUUGCGUUUCCAGAUGAGUUUGUCUUUGAUGUUUGGGGAGCUGUUGGUGAGGCCAGGCAAGAGUGACUUCGACGUGGAUGAUCCAGCUCUGAAGAAAUGAACCAUUGUUCUUAAACUCCUUAAGCAUUCUAAGACAACUUUAUAAACUCUGGUUUAAUUUUAUGGUGCACUGUAUUCUUUGAAAUAUAACUUUGAUUUCUGAGUGGUUUUUAAUGCAGCUGCUUAUGUGGUAGGGUAAAGAUGAGUUACCUAAAAUAUGAUCUGUUUUAACUUUCAUUUCAAAGAUUUUUAAAGGAAAUGUUAAGGAAUAUUUUCACAUAGAUGAUUUUGCCCUCUAUGAAUAUACCUGGGCUUUGUUUUCUGCAUUAAUUGAUUGUAAUCACUUUGUAAUUUUUUGUUACUUUUCAUAAAAAAAUCUCAACGUAAUAAAAAUUAGGAUUGGAGUAUGAUAUGUCUCGUAAUAUC